AUGUUCCCCAUUGCGAUCAAACAAAGAACGGCUGCCAUUAGUGAAUUAGUUAAGCCGGAAUCGAUCAAUGUCUCGUUUGCAGACUUUGACGGCGUUUUAUUUCAUAUUUCCAAUCCAGACAAUGACAAGAACCUUAUAGACCUCAAGUUUUACAAAGAGCUGCAGGAACAUGGUGCCGAUGAGUUGCUACGACGCGAGUAUGGUGACCUGCUCAGAGACAUUCCUGAAGAAGGCUACAGCACAUCGUUGGUCUAUGAUCUGUCCAAAAUUCCGUCGGACUACACCGAAUUGGUGCACAAAGCGGGUCUUCUGAAGCGUAACUGCUUUGCGAGCGUUUUCGAAAAAUACUUCGAUUUUCAAGAGAAAGGUGAGCUCGGUCAUAAGCGAGCUGUCAUUCAUUACCGGGAUGAUGAGACGAUGUACGUCGAAGCCAGGUCUGACAGAGUGACCGUCAUAUUCAGCAUCACAUUCAAAGACGCGGACGACGUCGUCAUCGGGAAGCUGUUCAUGCAGGAAUUCAAUCAGGGUCGCAAAGGCAGUCAGACCGCUCCCCAAGUCUUGUUCACUUACGGAGAAGCACCACUGGAACUGAAGAACACCGACGCGAAGGUCGGCGACAAUAUCGGAUACAUAACGUUCGUGUUUUUUCCGAGGCACACGAACAAAGCCGCCCGAAACAAUACCAUCAACUUGGUUCACAUCUUCCGUGACUAUCUGCAUUACCACAUCAAGUGUUCGAAGGCGUACCUUCGAUCGCUAAUACGGGCGAAGACUAACGAAUUUCUCAAGGUCCUUAAUCGGGCGAGACCGGAAGUCAAAGUCGAACGAAAGACUUUCUCGUAUACAUUCCAUUAG